CUUCAGAAAGUGACGGUCAAGCGAUGAAGUCGUUUGUAGUGGUGUCGAUGCUCGUAGCCGUGACUUCGGCAGGUUUCCUCGGAGGAGGAGGCGGAGGCUACGGUGGCGGAGGCCACGGCGGUGGAGGAGGCGGACACGGUGGAAACAGCGGAGCCGAUGAGGACGCGGCCGCCCUCUCAGCGGUCGGUUUGUCUCGCCUGCUCGGCGGGGGAGCCUCUCACGGAAACCUAGCGGGAAGUGGCGGAGGAGCCUCGUACACAAUCUCUGGCCCCACACAAGAGAUAAAAUCCGUCCAUAAGAUCUCCACCACAAGCGCCGGGGGUCAGAUCCUCUCAAGAACCGGAGGAGGUGGUGGAGGGGGUGGAACGAGCAAGGUGAUCAUCAUCAAGGGCGGAGGCGGAGGCGGAGGAGGUCACGGAGGAGGUCAAGGAGGUUGGUCCGGAGGAGGAGGAGGAGGUGGAGGAGGAUGGUGA